ACAUUGAAGAGAAGUUCAAUUUGUUCAUUUUUGUUGCUAAUAUUUAUUUCAAAUUUGUUUGUCGUUUGUGCUUUCCCACUUGUAUGUAUUUUGUCCUCAUUUCCUCAUUGGGGCCACCGUACUCCUCUUUAAUCAUGCAGUAAGUAGAAAUCCCAAAUAAAUGAAUAUUUUUAGGAUUUGAGGGCGCUGUAACAAAAUUAGAAAAUGUAUCUGAAGGUCAUAAAAUCUUUUUUCUUAUUAUUAUAUAUUCAAAUUUAAGGUUAAAGUAAAUCUCCUAACAGGUUAAUUUCACGCACAUUAACUGGUGGUAUUAAAUAUUUAUUUGUUUGUUUGUGUGUUUAUCCCCACCAGCUCCGCUGACAGCUGAGAAAACCACGGGCUGGUUUUGCGCAUGGUCAGUUUCACCCUCUCUCUCUCUCUCUCCUCUCUCUCUCUCUCACCCUCUCUCUCUGCCUCCUCCUCUCACAUCCUCCAGCAGCUCCCAUCUCUCCGGAUGCGAUCUCCACAGCCGCCUGAUUCCCGGCCGGUCGCGCGGCAUCAUCACCAGAAAGAAGUGGCAGCGAUAAUGGUGAUGAGAGGAGAAAACAAUGGAAAUAAAUAACGACCAAGUGAGGAUAAUGCAGAGCAGGAGGAUGGUGAAGACAUGAGCACAUCCAACAGAUUUCGAUGGAGUCCUCUUUCAACGCCGUAGAGCUCCGGGAGCUGCGGGGCGGAGGAGGCCGGCGGAGUGUGUCUCCGACGCCGGUCUCAGCGCCCUGGACGUCGGCUACCGUGGGAAGCGUCGCCCGGGGCUUCGAGAACGCCUCCUACCAGCAGGACGAGGAGCCGAACCACCAGCAGCAGGGGGCGGCUGUGUCAGCGAGCUGUCCGCCCUCAACUUCAGGCAACGGCAAGGGGGAGCAGCAGCAGCAGGAGCUCUCCCCACGGUCGUAUGAUGAGGAGGAAGGAGGUGGAGGUCAGGAGGACGGGCAGGACUUCACCGAGCUGAACCCGGCGGACGACCACUCUGCGGACUAUGGCUUCAUCUUCGCCCUGGUGUUCCUGGUGAGCGGGAUCGUCCUGGUGGUCAUUGCCUACACCAUCCCCCGGGAGGCCAAAGUCAACCCAGACUCUGUGUCGGCCCGGCAGAUGGAGAAGCUGGAGAUGUACUACGCCCAGCUGGGCUCCCACCUGGACAAGUGCAUCAUCGCGGGCCUGGGUCUGCUGACUCUGGGGGGGAUGUUCCUGUCUGUGCUGCUCAUGGUGUCCAUCUGCCGGGGCGAGAUGUACCGACGCAGGGCGGCGUUUCGUCGACCCAAGAGGACUUACGGCUCCAUCAACCUGAGGAUGAAGCAGCUGGCAACCGGAGAGGCAGGAGGAGGUGAGGGCGGGGAGGACGGAGGUGAGGAGUUUUUGGUGGAACGUGCAGAGACGCGGAAUAACGUGCAACCAGGGUUGGGCCGGGACUCCAAAUCAGAACCAGGACCAAGCAGGCAUCCUCCGAGCACUGCUGCUGCUUCUUCCUCUUCUUCUUCAGCUGCUGCACAUGGAGUCAACUAGCUGUGCUUCACGGUUUUGCCUUCCUCUGAGUGAGUGUUCAGCUGCAAAAUGGAGACGCAGAUAUGAUGCAGGUCCUCCUGAUUUGUGCCGACGGGAGAAGCACAUGUUGAGCACAAGGCUUUUGGCUAACCCAGCAUUUUGGGAUGAACAUAAAUGGGAUAUUUAUUCUAACCAAUCAUAAGAGAUGUAUGACUUAAAGAAAGAGGGCUUGAAGAUGAGAAGAUGAGAGGUAAGCCUGUGGCAGAGAGGGUAAGAGCUCUAAAACAAAUGUGUUAAUCAGAGACUGAGUUUUACAGUAAAAAAAAAAGCACAUUGUGUGGAGGUUGGUCGCCACCUCAGAAAGCCAGAUUAAUACUCAAUUAUCACAUGAACAACAUUUAAAUCUAGAUUCAGACUUGGGGUUUCACUUCUGGACUGUACAAAUAAAGUGUGAUGCUAGCUCUCGCACAAAUAAAACUGAGGCAACAUUUUUGUAAGUAAUAUCUCACCCUGGUAUGAUGUUUACACAUUUAAUGGAAAUAACUGUAGAAGAUGAAACUUAAAAUAAUCUUAAAGUGAACCCAAAAGACUCACCACACACCAGCCACCAUCAGAAACCUGCAGAAAACUAAAUAAAAUGCCAGAAAAUUUCAGUUUAAAGUGGCAUUAAGCAACGGUUUCGACUCAUUGAAAUGUAAAAUAACAUUAGUUUGGUCUCACAGCUGCGAUCAACCAUAUGGUUUCACACACAGAGAGAACGAGUCGAGCUGGAGAAGUUCUCGUUUGGUGCUUGAUUUUGAUUUUUUUUCUUCUUUUUUUCCAGUACCAAAAAACAGAUACCUGGAGAUGAAUGAAUGAAUAAAUAAAUGACUGGGGAAUAUUUAGCUACUUAAGGACCCAUAACUAGAUCCAAACUGAAAAAUGAUUAGUCUGUGACCAUAUUUACACAGUACAAAAACAAAGAUAUGUGACACAUGGACAGCUAAUUCACUAUUACUCAAAAAAAUUACUAAAUUCAGCUUUAACAUUUGGCAUUUUAAAGUAUUCUGAUUUUCUUUCUGGAAAAUGAGGAAAUACACUGAGCUUCAGAGACAGGUAGGAGGGAAGGAUGAGCGAGGUGUUAGACUGAGAGGUGCAGAAGUGAAAUGAGUCACUGUGGAGAGGGUGACACAGAUUACCCAGAAACCAUCAGAAACCAUGAUUAUGUUUGUCAGUAAUCAUUCCUGUCCUCUGCUUGAUUUUGUUUUCUGAGCCCUUUGUGUUUUUAUCAAGCUAAAUAAGUGUCUUUUAGUGUGUUUGAAGGUGAUUCUCAGAGAGAGAGAGAGGAGAUUUUAUAAAGUGACAAAACCAGACAAGAAAAUCUGUGAAACGAAGGCGUGAAAGUCAACUCCUCACCAGUCUCUCACUUAUUUAACAUCCUCACUGCUGGUGGCUGAAAAUCAUAAAUGACUAUUUUUAACAUAUUAAAUGUUUCCUUUGAUGAGUCCAACCUCCAAAGUUUCUUGGCACAAAUCAGCCAAAACUGUUGCCUCAUGUUUACUAAUCAAUGUUUUCUGGCUAGCAUCACUUUGCAGAGCAAGUAAAUAUCCACAAACAACAGCAGCUCCUUCUCCCAAACUUGAAAAUUCGUACAAAUGGUCAUAUUUAGCUUACAUUUAAAGGAACGUAAAACUAGCCAAGCUAGUCACUGCUAAAGAAAACUUCACCAUAGAGUGGUGCAGGAAUGAGUCCUAAACCAGGAAGGAAGUUAGCAUGUUAGCACUUCCUGUUCCCUCAUCCCAAAGUCAAUUGGUUUUUGGUUAAAUGUCUGAAAUAAGGUCUGUGGUUUUAACACAAGCUCAAGACAUUUUCAUGUUUUAUUCUCAGACGUAAAAUCCAUCACUCCUGAAAAGCGGUUGCUAACGAGUGUCUUUGUGGAAGAGUCAGGUUGGUUAGUUAGUCGGUCAGUAAUCCAAAAACCAAUGAAAAAAAUCCCAUUAGCCUUUUAUCGAGGGAACCAGGGUUGCUAAUGUCAAAAACACAUACAAAAUGACGUACAAAUUACUUCAACCCUGCUCCGCUCUGUUCCAGCUACAGCGAUUUUCUGGUCCCAGUUAAAUGAAAGUUGAAUGAAUCUGAAACUGGAAAGUCCAUAAAAUCCACAAAACUAAUUAAGAACUGAACUAUAGAUUCAUUUCAUUUAAAAAAAGACAAACAUCAAGGUGUCUUCUGGGUGUUUUUUCUAUCUGACUGCAGCUCUUAACCUGGAGAAGAAGCUGGUUUUUGACUGGAAUGAACCUUAAAUGACACAGCGCCUACUCGUUUGUAUUAUAUGUAAACAGAUUAUUAUUUAUGUCAUGUAAGGAUACAAUAUGCCUUAACGAGUAAACACAGACACUGUAAAUUGUGUAUACGCAAAUAUUAUUAUGCUAAUGUAUUAAGGUCUGUAUAGUGAGCCAAUUAGCCAAGGGUAAUGUAGCUACACACACACACACACACAUUAAUGUCCUCAUAAGUCAGUCUGUGGUUCAGUACUUAUGAGGACGUCUGACACACGCUGACAUGCUAAUCCCAAGCUGUUUAUUCAAAAUACGUACCACGUUUUUACUUCACAGUACAAAUAUACUGUAAAUACUACAUGUAGACGUGAUCGGAUGUAGAGGACCAGCAAAAGCUAAACUCUCAGAAACCAAAUACGCAACGCAGGUAUGCAAAAUUGGAAGAAAAAAAAACAACAACAAAACCAUCGUGACAGCUGGACCAGUUUCUUUCUGUCAGCAGCUUAUUAACCUCAGCAGCAACUUAACAACAGAUCAAUGAAAACAAACUAAACACAGCUCUAUCUAACACUCAGAUUAAUAACAAACAACUCAUAGUGGAUAGUAGAUAUUAGAGCUUAAACUAACAAUUAUUUUAACGUAAUUAAUAAAUCCAGGGCUGCAACUGAUGACUCCAUCUCAUUGUAAACGUUUUGGUUAGGUUAAAUUGCUUGUUUUAUUCAACCAAUAGUCUAAAAAGACAUUUAGUUUAAUAAUAUGUCAAAAAAACAGUCCCAUUUUAACAACGGGAGUCAGUGAAUUUUCCAGAUUUGUUUUUGCUUCAAAAUGAUAAUAAUUAUGAAAGAUCUUCUGUAAAUCUACAGAUUUUUAUUAUUCUAUCACUUAAUUGAUUACUGUCAGAGUGAAAAAUACCUGAUGUAAUGUUUUCAAAUUGCUUGUUUUAUUUGAUUUAACAAACCAAAACCACAAAAAUAUUCUGUCUACUAUUUUGCAUGUUUGUUUUACUUAAAAAAAACAAACAACUAAAAUGAAUCAAAAUUAGUUCCCAAAUCAAUUUUUUGGCAAUCGUUUAAUUCAUUGCAGCUCUAGUAGAUAUACAAUAAAUAAAAUGCUACGUGAAAAAUAUCCAGUAAUUAAUUAUUAAAAAAGAAAAUUAGCGCAACAAGCUUUACCAAAAUAUUCUGCAGGAAAUUACAAAACACUUAACUUGUUUUUAAUGUAUAAAAACAACUGACAACAGUAUUGUUUGUUGAAGAUAUAAAUAUAUAUAAUCAGGAAUAGAAAUGUUUUUACUGGUCAACACUGUUCUUUAACCUCUGGUUAUUAACCUUGUGAUGUUACAGGACAGUCACAGGUUCAAUCCCUGACACAGUCCGUCUCUGCUGAUGUGUCCUUGGGUUAGAAUCUCUAUUUUUUUCUAGAGGAACAUUUACAGUAUGAGGGGGAGCUAAUGUUUGACGUUAGCAUUAGCAGCUGUAUACGUCACAGGUUCAGAACCAAACCGUCCCUUUAAGAACCUGCAAACGCUACAGCCGAGAUUUUCUUUGGUGGAAGGUUUGAGCACAAAGAUCAUACAAACACAUUCAGCAGUGAUAUACAACGAUGCUAGGGCUGGCUGAUAAAGCGAAAACGAUAAUUAUCACAUAGUAACUUUUUAAAAUAGAAAUAUAAGACAAGGUCAAUACAGCGUCGAUAGAACUCGUUCCAUCAGCACGAAAAGCCAGUGAUGGUGAGAAUAGCAUCACGCUGAACCAAUCAUGUGGCUGGAACAGAGUUACAGCCACGUCAGCACAGAGUGAAGGAGUGGCAGCUGGCAGCAGCACACGUGCUAAUGUUUAGUCUACUGCAACCAUGCAUGGCAGUGUAUUAGGAGUUUGGAGUGAGAUAAGAGAAAAUUAUGACAGAAUUCACGCAAGAGCAAAA